CGCGGAGCUGAAGCGGCGCCUGCGGGCGCUGAGCGAGAGCGAGAAGCUGCGCCAGGCGCGCCUGCUGGCGGCCCAGUGGCUGUCCAGUGGCAUGGAGUUCCAGAAACUUAUUUGGUAUUAAAGCUCAGUUAUAAACUGGGGAAGAUGGUGAAGAGCCAAAAGUCUUGCGGAACAGGUUGUCGAGCAUCCCAAAUAUCAAGCAUCCAGCCGAAUCGCGGUCUUUCUGAGCAUGCCAGAUGAAGUCCAGACAGCAGAAAUAAUUAAGGACAUUUUUCAGCGAGGCAAGGAGUGUUUCAUUCCACGGUACAAACCCGGUGGCAGCCACAUGGACAUGAUAAAGUUGGCAUCCUAUGAAGAAAUUGCUUCGCUCCCUUUAACCUCCUGGAACAUCCACCAGCCAGCUGACGAUGACAGUCGGGAGGAUGCCUUGUCUAUGGCCGGUGGUCUUGAUCUUAUCUUUAUGCCUGGACUUGGCUUUGACAAAACUGGCAACAGACUAGGAAGAGGAAAAGGGUACUAUGAUACAUACCUGGAAAGGUGUACCCACCACCCCAAAGGAAAACCUUACACCAUCGCCUUAGCUUUCAAAGAACAAAUCUGCGAUAUGGUUCCAGUGACUGAAAAUGACAUGAAAGUUGAUGAAAUCCUUUUUGAAUCCAAUUAAACUGUGGCUUGGGCGGAUAGUUUGGCCAGGGGAACCAAGAAUGAGUCUCGCAAAUGCCUAGACCCCUAUUGGGUUGCUGGCUUGUUUGCAUGUGUCCCCCCCAGCGUCCCCCGUCCCUGGAUGAACAGAAUACAAAGCAAUCAUUUGCACAUCUGAACAGGACGUCACAGAUCUGGCACCACAUCACCCCAAACUGCAGUUGAGUCCACACACAUGUUCAACUAACAUGCAUUGAGUAGACUAGGUGACCGAGCUGCAAUACAGGAAGACAAGACCCCUGCUCAGAUUUCUCCUCCACUGCAUGCCAGUUGGCCUUAGGCAAACUGCUGCUUUUAACCCCCUUCUACAAUACGAGAAUAAUAGUGCUGAGCUGUCCUACCUUACAUGGGCGUUGUAAAGGUUACUGAAAUGGUGUAUGUGAAGAGCUUCGCACACUACAUACCUUUUAAGAAUGUUUCCAGUUGGUUUCCCAUUCCUUCCGCAUUCAGUGCCUUAGAUCAGAAUCCAGUCAAACUCUUUAAAUUUUUUGCUUUUGCAUUUUUAUAUCAAAUGUGUAAGGCAGCUUUUCUGUACUUCCUGAAUAAACAUUCAGUAAUUCCCAAAAUCUGU